AACGAAUCACAGCAGAGCAGCAAAGAGUGUGCGUGUGUGCAGGAGAGGAGCCGAGCAGGGAGAGGUGUUUUUACGUGAAACGGGAGAAAAGUAGUGAACUUAGAGGAGAGGGACGAACUAAAGCAUCGAUCAUAAACCACUACCAACGUCCUGAUCGAUAUCUGCAUCGAUCUGCCCACCCUUGUCUCCUGGAUCGUAGCUGAGAUCAGCGUGAACCACGUGGGUCUCUGCUCCCUGAUCUGUUUCCUGUGUUUGGAAAGAGUUGCAGCUUCAUCGCGGAGUUUCUCUCGGUUUGUGGGCUCAUCUAAAGCUGAGUAACAGGAGGAGAAGAGUCUGGUGGAGCAGCAGAGGAACAGUUUCAGCCAUUUGGACUCAGCUCAGCCACUACAGAGGAAACAAUGACUUCAACACAGGAGGACCAACAUGGAGCGAGAAGUCAGCGCUCUCAGGAGGCCGACAAACCUCACAGAAGAAAGAAAGAGAAAACAUACAGCUGUGACGAGUGUGGGAAGGAUUUUACUCUAUCUGGAAACUUAAAAAAACAUCAACUCAUCCACAGUGGAGUUAAAGCAUUCAGCUGUGACUUGUGUGGAAAGGACCAACAUGGAGCUAAACGUCAGCGCUCUCAGGUGGCCAACAAAUCUCACAGAAGAAAGAGAGAGAGAAAAUACAGCUGUGAUGAGUGUGGGAAAUCAUUUACUGAGUCUAGUCACUUAAAAAAACACCGACUAAUUCACACUGGAGAGAGACCAUUCAGUUGUGAUGUGUGUGGAAAAAGUUUUACUCAGUCUGGAAACUUAAAAAUACACAAACAUAUUCACAGUGGAUUAAAACCAUUCAAUUGUGAUCAAUGCGGGAAAAAUUUUACUGGGAAAGAUGGCUUAGGAAAGCAUAAGCGCAUCCACAGUGGAGUUAAACCAUUCAGCUGUGAUGAAUGUGAAAAGAGUUUUCUCCGGAAAUCUGACUUAGAAAAGCAUAAGCGCAUCCACAGUGGAGUUAGACCAUAUACCUGUGCUCAGUGUGGGAAAUCAUUUACUGAGUCUGGUCACUUAAAAACACACCAACUCAUUCACACUGGACUUAAACCAUUUACUUGUGAUCAAUGUGGGAAUAGUUUUACCCGGAGAGAAGUCUUGGAAAAGCAUAAGCUCAUUCACACUGGAGUUAAACCAUACAGCUGUGAUCAAUGUGGGAAGAGUUUUACCCGGAAAGAUGGCUUGGAAAAGCAUAAGCUUAUCCACAGUGGAGUUAAAGCAUACAGCUGUGAACAGUGUGGGAAAUCUUUUACUUGCAACAGCAACUUACGGGUGCACCAAGUUACCCAUUCUGGAAAUAAGCCAUACAGCUGUGACUUUUGUGGAAAAAUGUUCAGCCUGAUAGAUAGUCGAAAUAAACACCAGCGCAUUCACACUGGACAGGAUGUGUACUGCUGUGAUCAGUGCGGCAAACCGUUUGUUAAGUACAGCCAAUUACAAAAACAUAUGUAUACCCACACUGAGGAGAGACCGUAUAAAUGUGACCUGUGUGACAAGGCUUUUAAAUCUCCAUAUUGCCUGGGCAUCCACCAACAAAUGCACACUAGAAAGAAAAUCUACAAGUGCAGUUACUGCGAGGUAUGUAUUUCUUAUCUUAUAAUUUUAUAUACAUGCUUCCACAGGAGACCUGGCAAGUGGGGCUUUCAAAACAAUCACAUCUGA